GUUAGGUCGAUGUUAGCAGGAACAGGAAAGACUAGUUACAUUGUGUCGAACUCGGAGGAGGGUUACGGGGGUUAGAGGUUGUUUCAUGAAAACAAACAGAAAUUGAAAGUUUUGUUUUUAUCUGUGUUUUCACUACCUAUUUAGACUGAACAAAGGGCAGCCAAUCAAAAAAGGACAGAAGACGUAGAAUAAUAUCGACUGAUUAAUUAGUAUUGAACCUGGGAUAUUUGUCUGAACAGUGGUUUUGUUUUGGGUAUUUCAACAGCCAAAAUUCACAUUACAGUAAUAACUUAACGCAAGCAUACAGGAGAAAGUAAAGGACGAGCAUAACGGAGGGCGACACUGUGGCCAGCAUGGCCAUGACCGGGGGCACGGCAGGGCCCUUUCCCAUGAGCAACCACACGCGGGAGCGAGUCACCGUGGCCAAGCUGACGCUGGAAAACUUCUACAGCACCCUGCUGACGCAGCACGAGGAGCGGGAGAUGAGACAGAAAAAGCUGGAGAAGGCUAUGGAUGAGGAAGGCCUGCUGGAUGAUGAGAAGAUAAUGCGACGCUCGCAGCACGCCCGCAAGGAGACGGAGUUCCUGCGGCUAAAGCGUACCCGGCUGGGGCUGGACGACUUCGAGUCCCUCAAGGUCAUCGGGAGGGGCGCGUUUGGGGAGGUGCGCCUGGUACAGAAGAAGGACACGGGCCACAUCUAUGCCAUGAAGAUUCUGAGGAAGGCAGACAUGCUGGAGAAGGAGCAGGUCGCUCACAUCCGCGCCGAGAGGGACAUCCUGGUGGAGGCGGACGGUGCCUGGGUGGUGAAGAUGUUCUACAGCUUCCAGGACAAACGGAACCUGUACCUCAUCAUGGAGUUCCUGCCUGGAGGAGACAUGAUGACCCUGUUGAUGAAGAAGGACACAUUGUCUGAGGAGGCCACCCAGUUCUACAUCGCCGAGACCGUCCUGGCCAUUGACUCCAUCCAUCAGCUGGGCUUCAUCCACAGAGACAUCAAGCCCGACAAUCUGCUGUUGGACUCCAGGGGCCACGUGAAGCUGUCGGACUUUGGCUUGUGCACGGGCCUGAAGAAGGCGCACCGGACUGAGUUCUACCGGAACCUGACCCACAACCCUCCCAGCGACUUCUCCUUCCAGAACAUGAACUCCAAGAGGAAAGCGGAGACGUGGAAGAAGAACAGGAGGCAGUUGGCGUACUCCACUGUGGGAACCCCAGACUACAUCGCGCCCGAGGUCUUCAUGCAGACCGGCUACAACAAGCUGUGUGACUGGUGGUCUCUGGGAGUCAUCAUGUACGAAAUGUUGAUAGGCUACCCCCCCUUCUGCUCGGAAACACCUCAGGAAACAUACAGGAAGGUCAUGAACUGGAAGGAGACGCUUGUUUUCCCCCCCGAGGUGCCGAUUUCGGAGAAGGCCAAGGACCUGAUCUUAAGAUACUGCACUGAUUCGGAGAAUCGGAUCGGGGCUGGAAGUGUGGAGGAAAUCAAGAACCACCCAUUUUUCGAGUCGGUGGACUGGGAGCACAUCAGGGAGCGGCCGGCCGCCAUAUCGAUCGAGAUCAAAAGCAUAGAUGACACAUCGAACUUUGACGACUUCCCGGAGUCGGACAUCCUCCAGCCAGUGACAAAUGCCACAGAACCGGAUUACAAAUCCAAGGACUGGGUCUUCCUCAACUACACCUACAAGAGGUUCGAAGGGCUAACCCAGCGGGGAACCAUCCCCUCCUACAUGAAGGCAGGGAAGGCUUGAAGGGCCGCUGCCGGAGUGGACCUGAAGUGGGCCGAGUGCUCGGUGGUCGAGCAUACGGACCCCGACUGGUGCAAGAACUCCUGGGCAGUAACACGGACUGUACCAUAUUUAAGGGGGGGUGGUCGGGGGAUAUAGACUGUACCACAUGUCAGGGCAUGCGGGGGUGUGCUUCUGCUCCCGUAGGGCUACCGCCACCGCCGCUGGCAGGAAGUGAUGCAGUUUUUUUUCCCCCCACCUCGCUUGCCCCAUGUCUGUCUAAACACUGAAGUGUGAAGGUACUGAGGUCAUCCAUCACUGGAAGGAGCGAGCGAGAGAUGCAGGUCACAGACACUGUAUCAAGCACUAAUACUCUUGGGCUUCAUCCAUCGUGUCCAAAAUUUUAGUUUUGUGAAGUAGUUUUAUAACGUUAAUUCUUUAUCAUAUUUACGUGUAGAGGCAGCUGUUACUGGUCCAUGGCAAUAGAGCAUAUUUGUGCUGCAUAGAGUGACGACACGUGGAAAAAGGGACUGUACUCUCUAGACUGUCCUAAAGAGAGGAUAUUUUCAGCAGUGACGAAAGUGCAAGCUAUUUGUGGCCCUGGCCGCGACAUCCAAGCAGAUGCUGUUAUUUGUGUAUGUUUGUGUUGGCCUGGGGUGUAUAGAUUUUCAUUGUCUUUCCCAGAAGUGUCCUAUGAGCGCAAAGACUUAUUUUAACUAAGUACAGACGGGGAGGGUCAGUUCCUUGUUCAGGACUGUACAUUAAAAUUGCACAUACACCUUUGCCUGUACAGUGAAUCUUAAUGGAAAAUUUUUGGCCACUUUCUGCUUCGUAAAGCACAGCGGCUGCUUAGCAACUGCAGAAAUAUUCUCCAGAAUAUCAGGCAUAUACAAGAGUAUGUCAAUACAAAGUAUGUCUGUGUCAAAGAAAACGAGAAUUACUUACAAGGUAAUUAAGUGGUAAACAAGUGAAACCUGUUUUCAAAAUUAUAUUGACGUGGCACAAA